AUGAAUUUCAAAGACUUGCAGUUCUCUAUUGGUAAAUUCAAGGCUGACGUGAGCUCACAACUCGCCAAGAACAACCCCUUACAAAAGCAAGACACCAAGACGCUGUCGCUUUGGAUCUUUCAGGAACGAAACGAUCUGGCUUCCAUGCGUACCAUGGCCUAUGAGCGCUCUGAAACCAACAAGGCACUGAAACAGUGGGUCAAGGAGGAAGUGGACGAAGAGAAACGGGAAAACGGGCGUGAUUUGGAGGAUAUUGUGGGCGAUAAGCUGUGUCGUUUGUUUGAUAAACAACACGAAAUCGAUCAAGCGUAUGCUGCUAAGUAUCAGCAAUAUCGACAUGCUGUGAAAUCUAUCCGCGAUCGAGAAGAAAAACUAUCAGAUCAACGUGAAAAGAAGCGCUCACUUCAAUCCCGCAUCUUGAACCUGAGCAAGACCAGCCCAAAAUCACCCAAACUGCUCGAGUUUCAACAAGAAUUGAAAUCUUUAGCACACGACACACUGGAGAGCGAGAUGGACUUGGCUGAUUUCAAGCGAUUUGCGCUCAAGGAAGCCUUUUAUAUUCGAUUCAAUGCUUUGAGUGAAUACGCUGAGAAAACUGCCCUGAUUGCUGGUUUCGGUAAAUACUUGACUGAUUUGAUCGAGAUUGAACCUACGCCUCCUGCGCAGAUGCAUCGCAACCCUUACAAGAACGGCCCUGAAGCUGCAAUUAUCUUUGCGGAUGCUGUGAAUGCUUUGGACAACUGGAAGCCAAGCGCGGAAGAUGAACGUCCCACACUAGCCAACAAUGCAGAUAACAAGAAAGGAAAAUCACCCGUGUCACCUGUGGAUGAUGCUGCUAAAACAAACACUGAUGCUGCUGGAUCGAGCAGCAAGAUUCCACCUGAACUGCCACCAAGAAGACCUACGCAAGAAAACAUUGUGGUACCUACGCCAAGCACGCCCGAUGCUCCUUCUCAACCUUCAGGUUAUACAACAAAUGAAAUUACGUCUGUCACUGGUGAUCUAAAGACCAAUGCAGAAACCGAAAUUGACUUGGAUAAAAUUGACUUGUAUGAUGCUCCUCCUCCUGCCUACGAUGGGCCUCCUGCUCAAUCUUCUGCCUCACCAUUGAACGCAGAUGCUCAUUUACCACCUCAUCAACAUCAGCUUCAGUAUACCAGCCAGUCUUUCAAUUCACCUUAUCAAGCACAUGCCAAUGCGCCUCCUCCUGCUCCUCACCAGCAUCACCAACAACAACCUUACUCGCCUCAUCCCAGUUAUAUCAAUUUGACUGAUUCUCCUGUACCAAUGCACCAGCAACAACAACAGCACUUCUCGCCACCUCAUCAACACAAUCCUUGGUCUAACCCUCAACAUCAAUACCACCAAGACAGCAGUUUCUAUGAUCCCACCAACAUGAUGUACAGUCAAGUGAACUACCAACAAUUGUAUCGUCAAGUCAGCCAGCGUCAGCAACAUCAUGCUCAUCGACCUUACUCUGAAUUCCAGCAGCAAUUCAACCAAGAUCCUCGCAUUGGUCAGCAACAAAGACAAAGAGUCGAUGCUGGUGGAUUUCGUAUUCCCACUACCAACACAGUGCCUGGAGGUACUUGCUCUGCUGAAGAUGAAAAGGAAAGAUUGGCCCAGCAUUACAAGCAACAGGAAGAGCAAUACAGCAACAACAUUUCUCACUAUGGUGGUGGCUCUCAAUAUGGAGGAUCAGCCCAUUCUCAACAAGACCAUGUCGCACAACAACAGGCGCCCUAUCAUCAACAACAACAACAGCCAAGUUCUCCUCCUGCACCUGCACCUAUUUCACCAUUACCACCAUCUCACACUGUACAACAACAAACACAAGCGCCAAAUAAUUAUGAGCAGAAAUAUCAGGAAGAGGAAUAA